AUGCUCGGCCUCUGCCAGCGCAGUGUGCGCUGCGGUGCGUGCGUCGCUGCAGUGCGUGCAUCAUUGCAUACAAGCGCACGCGCUUUGAGUGCCACCCGCAUCCCCACCGAGUCUAUCCGGAAUUUUGGCAUUGUCGCGCAUAUCGAUGCAGGAAAAACAACGCUCACCGAACGCCUCCUGCACUUGACCAACGCGCUGGACCUUCCAGGCAUCACGCCGCCCCACUCAAGCAAUGUACAGAUGGCGCCUGGAGAUGUAGACUGCGGAAACACCGUUACAGACUUUUUAGAAGAGGAGCGCGAGCGUGGCAUUACGAUCCAAAGUGCUGCAGUGGGGCCUGUGUGGUGGGCCAGCCCGAUGGUUGCGUCUUUUAUGCGCGAAACGUCGCCAGUGCAUGCUGCGGCGCUUACGCUUGUUGAUACUCCGGGGCAUAUUGAUUUUGGAGUUGAAGUGGAGCGCACCGUGCGCGUCGUUGACGGCGCGGUCGUUGUCCUGGACGGUGUCGAAGGCGUUGAGGCCCAGAGCGCCAAUGUAUGGGCACAGACGCAGCGGUACGGUGUGCAAGCACACCUCUUUUUUAUAAACAAGCUGGACCGUGACGGUGCAUCCGUGGCGCAUUCCAUGCGCACCAUUAUCAACAAAGGUUUGCACACCAGACCUGCGCUGCUGCAAUUGCCCGUGCAUGCAUCGGCACUCGGCGAGGAUAAGGGCGCAAUCGAGAAAGACGCGGUUGUGGGAAUGGCGGACUUGCUGGAAAUGCAGGUGCUACGCUUCCAUGGCGUCGCCGGGGAGGAUGUGGAACGUAUUCCUUUGGAGCCAGCACAGCACGGUGCUUUGUAUGAUGAGGCAGUCAAGGCGCGUGACGCACUCCUGGAACUUGUAUUAUCACUCGACGUAGCGCUGCUAGAGCACCUACUCGAACAAGAUAUUGACCCAAGCGCUCUUUCGCUCGACCAGGUGCAUGCCGCAAUUCGUAGGCUGACGCUGGCGGGUGAGAUUGCGCCUGUCUUGUGCGGUGCAGCCGCGCGGAAUAUAGGUAUCCAGCCGUUGCUGGAUGCCAUUGUGCGUUACCUCCCGAGUCCAAAGGACAAGCCAGAGGUGCCAGGGGUUCUCGAGCCCGACACACCGCGCGCACGCCCCGUUGCGGUUGGACUGGCCCAUCCCGAUACGACCGCACUAGCGUUCAAAGUCGUGUGGGACAAGCGGCGAGGGCCUAUCACGUUUGUGCGUAUCUACUCUGGUACAGUCCACGGCGCGUCGGUCAUGUACAAUACCACUACAGGCCAAAAAGAGCGCAUCACAAAGCUGAUGCUGCCAUACGCGGACCAGUACGUGCAGGUCCCUGCAUUGCACGCUGGACAGAUUGGCCUUGUGCUUGGCUUAAAGGAUACAUGCACGGGCGAUACACUAGUGGAUACCAAGAGCCAGAGCAAGACACGGCUUGAGCACAGCGCAAUGCGAACACUGCGGCUUCGUCGCGUGCACGUUCCUCCGCCAGUGUUCAGCGUGAGUGUUGAGCCGCGAAGCAAGGCGGAGGAGGGCGCUGUGCAUGCGGCGCUUUCGAUGCUUGUCCGCACAGAUCCGAGUCUCCACGUCGGCGAUAGCAGCUCCGCGACGGCAAGCGGCGCUGCGCAGACGGUACUAAGUGGGAUGGGCGAGCUGCACUUGGACAUUGCUAAAAACAGACUCCAGUCUGAGUUUCAGGUAGAUGCGCACUUUGGGCACGUCAGGGUGGGCUACCGCGAAACGCUCAAACAGGGUAGCGGCACACUACAGCUGACAGAUGUACUCGCGCAGGAGCUCGCUGGGAAGAGAGUGCACGCAGGCGUCACCCUCGCAGUCCGUGCACUUACAGAAGAAGAGGCCGCGGUAAAUACGCAACUUGGCGGCAACAGUGUGCAUGUUGAUCUUGGAGAAGUUGAGGAUCUGCAAUAUGCGCACACUACGCUUUCGCACGCGCUUUUCCAGGGUGCCGCUGCUUCACUUACGCGGGGACCGCUUAGUGGGUACCCACUCACAGGGUUGCACAUCACACUUCUCAACGUACAAGUGCAAAGCGCAGAGACAAGUCCACCUGCGGCAAUCCGCAUGCUGGUAUCGCAGAUGAUGCGCAAAAUUCUUGGGCACACGUCGCGCACCGUGUCUCCAGCCGAUGGACAUACGUGCCUCAUGGAACCCAUGAUGUACGUAAGUAUCCAAACGAGCAAUUCGUACACGGGCAAGCUAGCAUCCGACAUCAGCACCGCGCAGCAUGGCCAGAUUUUGGACAUGGUACACACUACAGACGCCACUGGACAGCAAGACGAUUACCAGAUAUACAUGCCGCCUGACUUGCAGGGCGGAUACAAAAAGGAGCACUUGGUGGAAGGAAACGCCACUACCAUUGUUGCACUGAUUCCACUCGCACGCUUGAUGCGCUACAGUACACGACUACGUGCCUUGACGGGCGGCGCUGGCACGCACCGUAUGGCGUUCCAUGGCUUUUCUGCCGUGUCGCACGAUCGCGAGCUCGAUUUGCUCCAGGAGAUUGGGCGCAUUCCUCGCUUAUAG